GCCGCGGCGCUUUGCGGCGGCCGCCGUUGCUUGGCGUUCGCGUGCUUCCUCUCGCUGUGCUGGACCUGAGGGUGGCGGCGGCCGCGGGGCCGGAGCCGGAGCCGGGGCCUGGAGCUGAGCCGGGCCGGACGCGCGGCCUCUGGGCUGGGAUGAGCUGCGUCUUUGCAGGCUCAGGGCAGCGCCGGCCGAGCCAUGGCCAGUACAAUGGUAGCAGUGGGACUGACAAUCGCAGCUGCAGGAUUUGCAGGCCGAUAUGUUUUGCAAACAAUGAAGCAUAUGGAGCCUCAAGUAAAGCAAGCUAUUCGAAGUCUGCCAAAAUGUGCCUUCAGUGGUGGCUAUUACAGAGGCGGGUUUGAACCCAAAAUGACAAAGCGAGAAGCUGCACUAAUAUUAGGAGUAAGCCCUACAGCCAAUAAAGGGAAAAUUAGGGAUGCUCACCGGCGAAUCAUGCUUUUAAACCACCCAGACAAGGGAGGAUCUCCUUAUAUAGCAGCCAAAAUCAAUGAAGCUAAAGAUUUAUUAGAAAGUCAAGCUAAGAAGUAAAAUUAAUACACAGAUAAUUUUAAAUUUACAUAUAUAUAUACAUCAAUUGCUUUAUGUAUAGGAGUCCUGAUGUUUUAUAAUAAUUUCAUAAAAGCUGUAAUAUUUCUUUACUGGUUGCAUUAGUUUGGUAUAAUUUGGGUUUUUUCUUUUCAUUAAUUUUGGUGCUAUUACAAUUAUUAGAUUACAAAUGUUAUGGUCUUACAAAUUAAGAAUAUGCUUCCUAAUGGGAAUUAACUAGAACCUGAAACGUGGUACCUUAGUUAACUUACCUGCAGUACUUUAUAUUAAUAUAGCACAUUGAUUCCACAAGGCUCAAAUAACUUUACAGUUUUAUGAAAUAGAUAAUGUUCAUACAUCAGAAAUAUAAUCAGCAUAAUAAGUUGUGUAAGAGAAGGGUGUCUGUCGAUAGGAUCCUGGUUUAUCGUGACAUUUUUUGCAUUAAGUACACUGUCCCAUAACUUUGCAAAUUUUUGUUCUUUAGAAUUUUUUAAACAAUUUCUCUAGAACACUUUUACCUUUUAAAAAAAUGCAGUCUUCAUUGUUUAGUCAUACAAAAUUCAUCCUUGUGUAAAAUUCCCAGACUUACCAGUGAUCCAUAACAGCUUUAACACUAGUAGGGAGGAAGACAAAACAAACUUGUCAGGUUCAAACCGUUGGAAUCAGAAAAACAUGACCGUACUUGCCGCUGGGGACUUCAAGUGCAUCUGAUCUCAUCGAUGUGAAUGUUCCCUCCAGUGAUUAAGAGCUCAACCUGUCCAUGACUGCCCAUCCUGUGCAGCUCUGACAUGUCAUUCAACAGGCGUUGGUAAUGUGUGAAAAGAACUUAGUGAAUUGUAAAGUGCCCCCUAGGUGCUGAUUACUGUAAGUGUGCAAUCUGGUAGCAUUCUAACCUUUGGAAACCAGUAACUCUUAUGCAAGUGGACCCUGCAGUGUGCAAAGGAUAACGAACUUGCCCAGUGGACCUGUGCAAAAGCAGGUAUUCUAAUUUGGAUAGCAACGUUUUCCAUGAUAAACGAAUCAUCUUGUACUUUUUAAUACUUAAACAUGAUUAGCUACAGAAUUGGGGGGGUAGAGUUUAUUAAAGCAGAUUGUCAGGAACUGAGAGGAUCAAUACUUGGCAGAAAAUCCAGAAAAAGUCAUUUUUGUUUUGCACACGUUGAAUAUGGAUGUGUAUCCGAUCUGAGAAUUCACAACACUUUAAUGUUGACUUCAUUUAAGAAGAUUAGGAAACCUCCAGGUUUUCUACCUUGCUUCUGUGUUCAGUUUGUACUUUGUGUAUCGGUUUGAAGACAUACAGAGCAAUGCCAUCCUAAAAAACCAGUCAUUUCCCUGAGUAGGACCAAACCAAAAAGGGGCCUUGGUUUCUAUCUUUUCUUCAGUCUAGGGUGAUGAUAAACCAGAUCUUGUUUCCAUGAGCAAGCAACUGGAUAUUAGGUAACAGUAUCAAAACUUGAAAUUAAGAUUUGCCAAGAAUAAACUAAUUCAGAAAAACCAUAAUAAAUCUAAAUUAAGAAUUCACUGUACCAAGAUCUUCUGCUAUGCAUUUCAUGCAGGCAUACCUAGUUCUUAUGUAGCAGGAGCAAGCUUAAAAUAAAGGUGACUCGAAGCAGAGGUUAGUGAACACUAGGCAGUAGCACUGCAACAACUUUUUCAGGGACCCUCAUCCAAGGAAUGGAGUAGAUGGGCAGAACGGUUGGGGAAGAUCUUGGGAAACUCCAGUCACAGACCCCCAGGCUAUUGGCCAUGGUAAGGAAGGGUGAUAAGUGUCGAUUUCAGCAGUGUGGGCAUUGUCUCCACAGAUGCCAGUCACCAUCCCUACACAUUGCAGAUUGGUUGACAGUUGGUGGAGCCAGAAGGGUUCAUCUUUUCCUGACCUGUAGCCAGCCCCAUGAUGAGCUUUUCUGAGCUCUGAAGUCAGGCCAUGUUGAGCCAUUGGAAUAUAACUUUAGUGGAGAUUUAUAUGGUCAUGAUUAUAAAAUCAUUACAUUUUUACUGCUGGAAGGGGCUUUAGUAGAGAUCAAGUCCGUUCCAGUAGAGGUGGGGGGUCUUGUUGGUAUUAAGUCUUAACAGUUUUAAAAUAAAACUACCCGAUUACUUUGUGUUAGAGAA